AUGGACGGUGACCCCAAGGUCGAGUCGGGCCUAGACUCCUUCAGCCUGACCUUUCCCCUGCCAUAUCGCGUUGGCUUCAUCAUCAUCCUGGCUGUCUGGGGCUGGGGCAUCAACCUCCAGUACCUCGCGCAAGCCAAGAUCGAUGUGCCCUCCCUCAUUAAAUACCCCGCGAGAGCAUCCCCGACGCAACCGGCACAUCAUCUGUCGACCUACCGCCUGGCCACCGUCCUCUCGGCCCUCUUCUCCUUUUCUAUCACGAUAUUCUGGCUCUUCACCCGCCGUAACCCCGAACUCGUUAUUCAAUAUGACUGGAUGCCCAUGACAUUCCUCGUGGCCACGGUCGGCGUCUUCUUCUUCCCCUUGCGGACCUUUACCCACCAUGGCCGCACUCGCUUUCUCCAGACCUUGCGCCGCGUCAGCAUUGGCGGCAUCGCUCAGGCGCAGGACGGCAAAUUUGGCGACAUUCUCCUGGCCGAUGCCCUGACCAGCUACGCCAAGGUUCUCGCAGACCUUUACGUCACCCUCUGCAUGUUCUUCACCCCCAACGGUGCCUCCACGGCCCGCCCCGAUCGCGGCUGCGGCGGCGCCGUCAUGGUGCCCCUCAUCAUGGCCGUUCCGAGCGCCAUUCGACUGCGCCAGUGCCUGACCGAGUACUUCCGCGUCCGCCGCGCCCCCUACAAGGAAUCCACCGGCUGGGGCGGCCAGCACCUGGCCAACGCCGCCAAGUACUCGACCGCAUUCCCCGUCAUCAUCCUGAGCGCCAUCCAGCGCAGCCUGCCUGCCGACCAGCCCAGGCCGGGCCUCAACCGCGCCUGGCUCGCCGCCGUCCUGCUCAACUCGCUCUACUCGUUCUACUGGGACGUCACCAAGGAUUGGGACCUCACCCUCUUCGCCCCGGCCCGCGAGCGCAGCGCCCCAGACCACCCCUUUGGCCUGCGGCGCCGCCUGCUCUUCUAUCCCCCGCUCGUCUACUAUCUUGUCAUGGGCCUCGACCUCAUGCUGCGGUGCACCUGGGCCCUCAAGCUGAGCCCCCACCUUGAUCGCUUGACGGAUUUUGAAAGCUCCAUCUUCCUCAUUCAGUUCCUCGAGGUCUUCCGCCGCUGGGUGUGGAUCUUCUUCCGCGUCGAGACGGAGUGGAUCAGGAAUUCGCCGACCGGCCUUGGCGUGGAUGACAUCCUGCUCGGCGACUACCAGGGUAAGUAUGACUCGGAAGACGACGACGAGGGCUUUAUGAACUAG